AGGGGGUGUGGUUGCUGCGGAGGCCAAGGCCUGGGCUCAUAAAAGCCGAGGUCCAGGGAGGAGGCGCAGAAAGGAGAGGAGAGACGCAGACCAUGGCGGGAGACCAUGAGCCCAGGGUGCCAGGCAGCCCUGAGGAGGACACUUUGGGAGGACAGAGAGUCACCCGGGAAGACACCGAGGUGCCCGCUCGAUGGCCAAGGAGCUUUCCAGUGUCCCGGGGCCCCUGGCCUCUGCUGCUGCUUCUGUUUCUCUCCUUGGCCAUCUGCUUCCUGCUCUUGGUGACGACCCUGGUUCAAGUUUCCAGGAUCCCCAAGUCCCCCGCUGCAGAGGCCCAGGACCGUCAGGAGAGCCCCAGCUUGGGGUCCGCUUCUCAGGAGCAGGUGCAAUCGGGCCUGGAGCAGAUCCGCCAGCAGCUGGGUCAGAUCAACGCCUCCCUGGCUCGCCUGUGCCGUCCUUGCCCCUGGAACUGGGAGCCCUUCCAGGGAAGCUGCUACCUCUUCUCCAGGACCCUGGGGGUGUGGGAAGCCUCUGUGUCCUCCUGCCGGGAUCUGGGGGCCCACCUGGUGAUCAUCAACAGCCUGGCAGAGCAGAGAUUCCUGAGAUACUGGGAUGUCAGGAAGGACCAGCGCACGUGGAUCGGCCUCAGUGACCACUUCAGAGAGGGCUCCUGGCAGUGGGUGGACGGCGCCCCGCUGCAGCUUAGCUUCUGGCAGGAUGGGGAACCCAACAAUGACGGUGACGAGGACUGUGUGGAGCUCUUCCAGGACACCUGGAAUGACAACGUAUGCACUGCGCAGAACUUCUGGAUCUGUGAGCAGCCCGUGGUCCCCUGCACCGGCCUCUGAGGGUCUCUGCUCCCCAGGACUCGAGCCCAGCAACUUCGGCUCGCUCCUCUCCACGCCCAGCGCCCUCCUGAAUCCCCACGGUCCCGCAGCCAGGCCUCUCAGACGCUGUGGCCCCUCUCCCGGGCCUCUGCCCGGCCUGUGACAUCCCUCGCCAAGUCGGUCGUGGGCCCGAGUGUAACUCUCUGCACACAGUUCGUCCAGAGCGGUUUCCUCCUCCCACUCGCAGCAUGAAGGGAAGGAGGUGGAGAUUCCCACGCUGCAGUGCACGAUGUAUUUUACUGUAACCUUCUCUGACCCCUGCUGCUGCUCUGACGACUGAAACCUGGUUCACCAGCAUGCGGUCCUCUUUGAAUAUCUUCACCGUGUACUCCAUUUCCCCGGACUGGUUUGGCUCAUUUUGUGGGAUAAUCUCUCCCCGUUCCUCCCGUCUCCCUCGGUCUCUCUCACUCACUAAUUCCGGAAGCGUUUAUUAAUUCAGAUCCCUUCAAAUGUACUCCAGUGAAGUUUGGUGCUAGUCUGCGUGUCUCUCUGUAAAUAAGAUCACUUCUACACGGGUGUGGGUUUCUGGCCUCCGGUAACAAAUCCCUGCAAACACGGUUGUCCCCGCACAGAUACCGUUUCCAGUGGUGAUGCCCGGUGCCUCUUUGGCCCUCACUGGCUCCCAGAGUGGCACACUGUGGGCUGC